ACCACAAAACUCAUAUCUCACACAAACAUAAAUAACAACACACUCUUGAAACACACAAAGAUCCGCCAUGGAACAGUCUCUCACAAUCCUCCUCUUCACCGUCCUCCUCCUCCUCAUAACCACAACUCCCGGAACCCUAUCUCAGCCUUCUCCAGCCGCCGCACCGGCUCCAGCAGGACCAACAAAUGUCACUAAAAUCCUAGAAAAAGCAGGACAGUUCACUGUCUUCAUCCGACUCCUCAAAUCAACCGGCGUUGCUAACCAACUCUACGGCCAACUAAACAACUCCGACAACGGCAUCACUAUCUUUGCACCUAGCGAUUCCUCAUUCUCCGGCCUCAAAGCCGGAACCCUAAACUCCUUAAACGACGAGCAACAAGUAGAGCUGAUUCAGUUUCACGUCAUACCAAGUUACGUCUCUUCCACUAACUUCCAAACAAUAAGCAACCCUCUCCGGACCCAGGCCGGUGACUCCGCCGAAGGACAUUUUCCUCUCAACGUUACCACCAGUGGCAAUACGGUAAAUAUCACGACCGGUGUAACCAACACCACCGUCUCCGGAAAUGUCUACAGCGAUGGACAGCUCGCUGUUUACCAGGUCGAUAAGGUUUUGCUUCCUCAGCAAGUUUUCGAUCCUCGUCCUCCAGCUCCGGCUCCGGCUCCGUCGGCCACCAAAUCAAAGAAGAAGAAGGACGACAGUGAUAGUUCCGGUGAUGAUUCGCCGGCAGAUGCUUCGUUUGCUUCGCGUAACGUUGGUUCUGUGUGUCAGGCGGUGUCGUUUUGCAUCAUAAGCGUAAUGUUCGCAUGGUUUUAUUUGUGAUGAUAAAAAAUUGUGUAUGGUGUUAUUAUUACUCAUGAUUUUGUGUCAUGUGGGUGAUUUUUGGGGUUAUAUUUGUCUCUUGGGCUAUACGAGUUUGUAUUAAUCAAACACUCUCAUCUGUUUUUUUUUUUUUUGUAAUAUUUCCAUUUUCAUCUUUUGAAAAAAAUAUAUUUCCAUUUUGGUGA